GCUGAGAAUAUGAAGAAAGCAGCUAGUGAUUUCACAUCCUGUCUGAUGUCUUCACUAAAGCCAGCUUGCUUCUGUGAAUUAUGCUUUGACGAAUAUUACAAUCUCAGCAAAGUCUACUGUUCAAUACAUUCCAGCAAACAUUGUUUUCAACCACUACUAGCAGGAGACAGCACAUAUGCCAUUGAAGAAUUCUACAACUUUGCUAGAGCCACAUGGGAAACCAGAGGCCAUUGUUCAAAUUGCUUUAAUGGAUCUCAGCUUAAUGGAAAUGUCAAGGAUUUCUAUAUCUAUCUUUCUUCAUUUGACAGAUGUAUUCAUAAUGCAAGCAAUAACUAUACAGUCUGUAACACUUGUAAGCAAGACUACAGAGCAUUGAUGGAAUUUUAUAACUCCAAAUUUGGUCGUGAUCCUUCUAAAGUUUGCGCAGAUGUCUCAGAUCAUAUGAAUUCAUCUAUGUAUAAGUGGCGAAUUGCGUAUAAGUGCCCAGAAGGCGAGAACCCAGUUUUAACUGUUUCAUUAUUCACAAGUGGAGUCCUCAUACUAACAGCUUUAUUCUAUGUCUGUGUUUACGUAUGGGGCCGAAGAGAACAGAAAAAGGAUAUGACACAAAAAAGGAUCAAAAGGUCAAAGUCAAAGUCACAUUCACGCUCACUCAGUCCAGAUGGAGUGAAAAAUAAAGAAAUUGAAUCUCAAAUAGACUUGAGCACAGAUAGCGCUACACUCAAUUAAUAACUGAUAUUUUGUUCAAGAAAUUUCGGCAACUACAGUUUAAGCAAGGUAGCAUAUAAACUAGUCUAAUACUAAA